UCGACACACGCCGAUUCAAGCUGUCUUCAAUUAGCAAUAAGUUUGCAAAUUGUUUUCCCGCGCUUAAAAAAAGAUAUAUAAAGGUAUAUAGUGGAUUUUAUGUGGGUCCAGUGACCACGGAGGCGGCAUGCUGUUGGGCGAAUACGACACAACCCGGCGACUCCUUUUCAUCGUGGCCGUUCUGCUGAUAGUCUUGUAUGCGAAGACGUACUUGCUGCCCGGCGAGGAUUUGGUCUACAACUAG